UGCUGUGUUUCCCGCCGGGAGGCAUUGAGCGCUGCACCGCGCGGGGCUGAUGCAACUGGAGCGUGAGGAGCCGGCGGCGCCGGGUUCUCCUCCAGUUUUUUGCUGAAUAAAACUUUCAAGACCUAUUUCAGAUUGUGAAUAAAAAGGAUCAUUUACAUUCCUGGAAAAUGUCAAAUAGACAGAACUGUGACUCUGGCUCUUUGAGUCCACUUGAACUGUAUGAAAGGGUGACUACACAAGGAGAUAAAGUCAGAUCACUUAAAGCAGCAGAAGCACCAAAGGAUGAAAUUGACACAGCUGUGAAGUUACUGUUGUCAUUAAAACUGAUGUAUAAAGCAACAACAGGAGAAGGUUACAAAGCUGGUUCACCUCCAACAGAUUUCACACCAAUAAACAAUGCUCCAACUUUAGCAGAAGAUGAUGAUUUUGUAGAUCCAUGGACAGUGCAGACAUCCAGUGCAAAAGGCGUAGACUAUGACAAACUCAUAGUUCGGUUUGGCAGCAGUAAAAUUGACAAAGAGCUGAUCAAUCGACUAGAAAGAGUAACCGGGCAAAAACCUCACCACUUUCUACGCAGAGGCAUCUUUUUUUCUCAUAGAGAUAUGAACCAAAUUCUUGAUGCAUAUGAAAAUAAGAAGCCCUUUUACCUUUAUACUGGUAGAGGCCCCUCCUCUGAGGCAAUGCAUGUUGGUCAUCUUAUCCCAUUGAUCUUCACAAAGUGGCUGCAAGAAGUAUUUGAUAUUCCUUUGGUUAUACAGUUGACUGAUGAUGAGAAGUACCUUUGGAAAGAUCUGACGGUUGAGAGAGCUUAUGAAUAUGCUGUAGAGAAUGUAAAGGAUAUCAUAGCCUGUGGUUUUGACAUCAAUAAAACCUUCAUCUUUUCUGAUCUUGACUACUUGGGAAUGAGUCCUGGAUUCUACAAAAACAUUGUAAAGAUUCAGAAGCAUGUUACAUUUAACCAAGUGAAAGGAAUCUUUGGUUUUACAGAUAGCGAUUGCAUUGGAAAGAUCAGUUUUCCUGCUAUUCAAGCUGCUCCAUCCUUCAGCUCAACAUUCCCACAGAUUUUCAAGGGCAAGGAGGACAUUCAGUGUCUUAUUCCAUGUGCCAUUGAUCAAGAUCCUUACUUCAGAAUGACCCGAGAUGUAGCACCUAGACUUGGAUACCCAAAACCAGCAUUACUGCACUCAAUCUUUUUCCCAGCCCUGCAAGGAGCACAGACAAAAAUGAGUGCCAGUGAUCCCAACUCUUCCAUCUUCCUCACUGACACGCCAAAGCAAAUCAAGACAAAGAUCAACAAGCAUGCCUUCUCUGGAGGAAAAGAUACUAUUGAAGAGCACAGGAAGUAUGGGGGCAACUGUGAUGUUGAUGUGUCUUACAUGUACCUAACCUUCUUCCUUGAAGAUGAUGACAAACUUGAACAAUUGAAGCAGGCUUACACAAGUGGGGCACUGCUCACAGGAGAGCUGAAGAAGGUGCUUAUUGAAACAUUGCAGCCCUUGAUAGCAGCUCAUCAGGAAAGACGCAAACAGGUCACAAACGAAAUGGUAAAACAGUUUAUGACUCCACGGAAACUGGCAUUUGAAUUUUAGGGACAUGUCUGUAAUUUAAUUUAUCAUUAGAUAAACCAAUAUUGAAUCAUCAUAGUCCUCUGUUGGUUGUCAUCACUUCAUAAUUAUGUGCAAGCUGCAAUCACUGGUUUAUAAAUAUGACUAUUAACAGGUUACUUGCAAUGAAUCCUCAAGGACGGUUCAGAAAAAAAAAUCUGGUUCAAAAUAGUAUUUAGGAAUGAAAACUAGUUAACUGCAGAAUUGCCUUCACUGCAAUAUGAAUGCUACUCUUCUCAGACUCUUCAGAGCAGUGUUUCUGUUGGUAAAAGCACCCUAUUUAUUGUAUUUCAUGUUGAAAAUAUAAAGAAAAAUUAAUAAAAGUUUCCAUUGUAAUGUG